AUGCGCCGUAUCCCCGUGCAGAAACGAAAAAAUGCGACGCGACUCGUGCAGAGCCAGGGUCUGGUUUACGGCCACCUCAGUUCAUACCGCACCACAGAGCCGUACUGGCCAGAUAACCGAUACUACUCGUUCACCCUUGAGGAAAUAACACUGCUCGAGAACGCCGCCAAGGACGUCUUUGCAAUGUGCUGCGAGGCGGCCGACUACCUCGUCGAGCACUCGGACAUUAUUACCGAGAAGAUGGGAGUUCCCGCCUUCGCGUUACAGCAGAUCAUGGAAUCAUGGGACCGUGAAUCUCCCUGGGGCAGCAUCUACGGGCGUUUUGAUGUUUGUUUUGGGGGGCUAGAUCAUGCGGAUUCAAGGCUACGGGUGCCAAAGUUCUACGAAUUCAACGCGGAUACACCAACAUCGCUUGUCGAGGCCUGUUUGAUCCAGUGGCUGUGGCUUGAACAAACUGGCUACGGGAAUGACCAAUUCAACAAUAUACAUGAGGCACUGAUUGAAGGCUGGGGACGUAAUCUCACGCUUAUUGAGAAAAAGCUCGGCCAUAAACCUACGGUUCACUUUGCUUUCAGCAGCGGCAAUCAUUCAGGCGAAGAUAUGAUGAACACUAUGCUUCUAUUGGAAACAUGCCAACAAGCCGGCUGGGCUGCUAAGAAGCUGAAUAUGGAGGAGAUAUCUCUCUCCACGGAGGAUGGACGCUUUUAUGACAUGGAGGGCCAGCACAUUGACGUCAUUUUCAAGCUCUAUCCUUGGGAGUUCAUGACAGGACAGGAGUUUGCGAAACCGUGCUUCAAGGAUAUGGACAAUGUUGGCAAGCGUGAUGAGGAGGGCAACUAUAUCGGUGGAACUAUCUGGAUCGAGGCACCUUAUAAAAUGCUGUGGAGUAACAAGUCACUGUUUGCAAUCCUGUGGGAGCUUUUCAAGGACGACCCGCGGUCAAAGUGGCUACUUCCGACGUACUUCGAUAACGAAGCACCGACAUCACUAACGAGCUUUGCCCGAAAGCCAAUAUUUGCACGCGAGGGUGCUGACAUCGUGUUGAAAGAGAAAGGCAAGGUGGUCCAGGACUCAUCGGUGGGAUGGUAUGGAGCAGAGGGGUAUGUGAUACAGGAGCUCGCGUUGCUGCCAGAGUUCAAAGAUAUACAGGGAAAAUCGCAUUACCCUGUCCUUGGUCUCUGGAUGGUGGAUGGCGACUCGGUAGGAAUGGGCAUUCGCGAGGAUGAGACGCCGGUCACUACCAACGAAUCGGUAUUUGUUCCACAUUCCAUUGAAGAUGGGCCUGUUACCUAUCAACGGCAAGAGAUCCCUAGUGAUGAGGAGAUUGAACAG